UUUCGGCGCAUUAAGGGAGAUAGUUACUCUCCAAAAUGAAGGUAGAAAACUAGGAUUCGGAUAUUAUCUAAAGAAAUAUAAUAAUUUUUUAUUGAAGGAUCAAAACUCUAGAAAACGCCGUUAAAACGUAUGCCUUUUAUAGAUUAGCCCAUAAACUUACUUUAGCCAAAUGUAAACAAAGUAGUAAUUUGACUUCCAUACAAAAUACCAUUUCACUAUGAUUUUACCCAUUGCAAACAGAGCAAACUAAAUAAAAGAUUCAUCUAUGUGGCAAAUGAGGUUUUUUUUUCGAAACUGUAACAAGAAACUAAAAAUAGAAAUGUUUUGAGAAAUAAAAAUAAUAGCAGUUCUGAGACAUAAUGGGCCUUUAAUAACGAUUUAACCGGUAAAUAUUGAACACUGUUCUACAAUAGCAGUUCUAUAUGUCGAUCUAAAAUGCGGCUUAUACUAUUUUGCUAUAAUUAUACCAUGUCUAAAAUAUACAUGUAUUUGCUGUAUAUAUAGAAUGAUAAAUCCUAUAUGCAUUAACCAUUAAGUAAUCACCAAAUAUCGGGUGAUUUUUUAAAUACACUCUUAAUAUUUAUAUUGGUUUAUUGUACAUAUUCCACUUCUAUAGUGUAAUUACCUUUUAAACAUAGCCUGGUCAAUUUUGUCAGGUGUAAUUUAAGUUAGAGAUAUACAACGCUUUUCUGUUUUGGAAACAAUGGGAGUCUGUUCUUCUGUUAGUGAGAGCAAAAAGAUAUUGAUGCUUGGCUUAGAUGAUGCAGGGAAAACCACACUUCUGUACAAAAUCCGGCUUGGGGAGAUUUUAACAACAGUUCCAACGAUUGGAUUUAAUGUAGAGACUGUAAAAGUAGCGGGUGACGUCAGUUUUGUUGUAUGGGAUAUUGGCGGUCAGAAAAAUUUAAGAUCGUUGUGGCACCAUUAUAUAAGCGGAGCGGAUGGGUUGUUGUAUGUUGUUGACAGCACAAAUGUGGAGAGACUGUCAGAAGCUCGAGAAGUGUUGUUUAAUACCUUAAACAAUGAAAACAUGAAAGGUGUCCCUGUUGUAAUUAUUGCAAACAAGCAAGAUUUACCAGGUGCUUUAAAACCAAGUGAAAUCUCCGAACGAAUGGGUUUAAACGAUCUCGGACACUGUCAUUCCUGGCAUGUACAAGGUGCUAGCGCUGUUACUUCGGAAGGAGUUUUUGAGGGCGUUGAGAUGAUGGCGACAUUGAUUAAAAACUUAAGGAAAUAAGCGUGAAGCAAAGUGCCAUAGGAACAUCUCGGCUUUUAUCAAUUAUUAUAUAGUUCUUAACCGAAGUUUGACGUUAAGAUGCGAUUGAGCUGUGGCCGGGUUCUAAAAUCUGUACACUUUAAUAAGAGGCCUAGUCUUCAAUAAGAGUAAUAAAGACAACAUGUAUCCUGCCUACGAACAUAACUACAGCAAAUAGUCGCAUAAAGAGCAAAAUAUAAAGGAAAUCUAAUUGUAGCUUUACUUUUUAAAUACUAACAAAAUUCUUGAAGUCGGUUAUAAAGGUAGUCAGUGAAUGUAUGAUUGGCAUAAAAGGAAGAUAUUCCAACAAUGAGUGUACCAAUUAGCCAAAAAAGGAAUAUAUUUUCAUGCAAAAAGGAAAAUUUUCCGAAAGUGAAUAUGCCAUUUAGCCAAAAGGGAAGAUAUUAUGAAAGUGAAUGGACCAUUUAGCCGAAAAGGAAGAUAUUCCAACAUGUUCUAGGGUCUGCUUCCCGGAAGAAACUAGUACACAUGUACUGGUGUCCUGAUUAAAGAUAGUCCCGGGUAGGACUCAAACCUACAAUGCCUGGUUUAAGGAGCUAGUGUGCCAUCUUUCUAGCUACUAGUAAUAUAUAAAUAACACGUACAUGGGUUUGUUGGUAACAGUAAAAAUAUCAUCGUAUUUUUACGAGGGAUGAUAUUUAUAUUGUUACCCACAAAACCAUGUGUUAUUUAUUUUAUUACCCCGAACAAAUACUGUGAUGAUCUGAAUUUGUAAACUAAAUCUAACUGUAACAAAAAUAAACCAAGAGUAGCAAUAACUAAAUUGUCCUUACCUUGCAAGUUUUAAGUGUACAGUAGGCCUACUUGAGAAGCUGUUUUUCUUUUAUUCUUUUAUCUACCAGUCAUAAACAUACAAUAAGCUGUGUUUUAUUUAGAAAACAAAACACUAACCCAUUUAUAAGGUUAUGAUCUGUGAAAUCUGAUCCUUCUGUAUCCAGAAUAUUCCUCGCACGGUUUUUGACAAAGUGCAUUUACAAAAUAACGGUGAUAUCCUACAGAUGUAUGUCCACCAACUCUAUCUGUAACG